AACACAUCUGCUGUGGUUUCAUGGUGUUUAAAACAGACUGAAACGAUGUCCUAGAUAACGUGUUCAACAUUAGCAUACAAAUACAGAUUUGUUUCAAAAAGAGAGGGAGACGAGGAGAGGGAACAAGCCCCUCCCCCGUAGAGAGCAGGCCUAGCUGCCUCAGACCGGACGCAUCCUGUCACCCUGUGCGGCGGGGACCUUCUCAGACCCUGCAGCCGUCGCUAGAUCGCCGGUGACUUGGUGAAGUAAGAUCCUGAUAGCACUUGCUGCCUCUGUCCUGCCAUGGCGUCCUCAUUGAUCAGCCGUCAGCUUUCUCUCUCCCUGCCGAAAAACCUAUGGCUCAGUGCUGCAGGGUGCAGAUAUGUCAGCAAAGCAGCUCCGAAGACCCAGGUGGAGUUUGACUACGAUGGACCUUCUAUGAAAACUUCAGUUCCUGGGCCACGAUCAAAAGAGCUGACAAAACAACUCGGGGAAAUCCAGAAUGUUGCUGCAGUCAACUUCUUCUGUAACUAUGAGGAGAGCAGGGGAAACUACCUGGUGGAUGUGGAUGGCAACCGCAUGCUGGAUAUCUACACUCAGAUCUCUUCCAUUCCAAUUGGUUACAACCACCCUGCUCUUCUCAAACUGAUGGCCGAUCCCAACAAUCUGAGUGCAUUUGUGAACCGACCUGCCCUGGGGAUCCUGCCACCUGAGAACUUUCCAGACAAACUGACUGAAAGUCUUCUCUCAGUUGCUCCCAGUGGAAUGACUCGUGUUCAGACCAUGGCCUGUGGCUCUUGCUCAAAUGAGAAUGCCUACAAAGCAAUGUUUAUCUGGUACAGGAACAAGGAACGAGGUACCGACACAGCAUCUGAUGAAGACCUCAGCACCUGUAUGAUUAACCAGUCCCCAGGUUGUCCAGACCUCAGUAUUUUGUCAUUCAUGGGAGGUUUCCAUGGAAGAACCAUUGGUGCUUUGGCAACAACACACUCAAAAGCAAUCCACAAGCUGGAUGUGCCAUCAUUUGAUUGGCCCAUCGCACCGUUCCCCAGACUGCAGUACCCACUGGAGGAGUUUGCCAAAGAGAAUGCACAGGAGGAGGCUCGUUGUCUGGAGGAGGUGGAGGACCUGAUCAUAAAGUGGAGACAGAAGGGGAAACCAGUGGCAGGGAUUGUAAUUGAACCGAUCCAGGCUGAAGGUGGAGAUAACCACGCCUCCCCCAACUUCUUCAAAAGCCUCCGCAACAUUGCUCGCAAGCAUGGCUGUGCUUUCCACGUGGAUGAAGUCCAGACCGGUGGGGGCAGCACAGGAAAGUUUUGGGCCCAUGAGCAUUGGGGCAUGGAAGAUCCUGCUGACAUUGUCUCCUUUAGCAAGAAACUCCUGACUGGUGGCUUCUUCUACAAGGCUGAAUUACAGGCUGAAAAGGGAUACCGCAUCUUUAACACAUGGAUGGGUGAUCCAUCAAAGAACUUGUUCCUAGUUGAGGUUCUCAAUGUCAUUCGCAGAGGAAGACUUCUGGAGGAGGUUACCCGUUCUGGAAAAACUCUGCUAAAUGGUCUUUAUGAGCUACAGGCUCAAUACCCUGGCAUACUGAGCCGCGCUCGAGGGCAGGGGACCUUCUGUGCCAUUGAUGUCUGUGAUGAUGAAACGCGCAACAGAAUCUUGCUCAAGACCAGAGACAAAGGUGUCCUCCUUGGAGGGUGUGGGGAUCGAUCGAUCCGUUUCCGUCCAUCACUGGUUUUUAAGGAGUACCAUGCUCACAUCCUCCUUAACGUCUUCAAUGACGUCUUGGCCCAGCACAAAUAAAUGUUGACCCUGAAGGAACCUGACAUUAGAACCUAAAUUAAUCCAGAGGGAAGGCAGGGAAACUCCUGACAGUCCAUGUAAUGAUAAGCACAAUCCACCUAAUCACUUGUGCAGAUAUCCCACAUAACCUCUGAUUAAGUUAGGUGUAGAGCAGACUGGGUUAGUCAUCUUUUUGGCCAGAAAUUGUUAUAGUGAUGUCUUCUUACAUGUGCUGCCAUACAAAUUUAUCCUGAAAACCACUUGGAACAGAUACCAGUAGGUACAAUUGCAGUUAAACACAAUGAUCACGUUUCUGUAAAAUAAAUCUAUUGAAGUGCCUCCAACGUUUGAACCUUUCUCAUCUGGAUUUGUGUUCUUGUAUAAAGGAUAACUUGUCUAGCAGUUCUUCUGCAGACUUUCCAUAAUGUCAGCAAAUCUUGCACCUUCUGUAUUACCCCCAAUACUAUGGUUACUAACUUCUUAAAUUAAAAACAUUCUGGAAAAAACAUACUUAUCUUAUCCAAAGUCUGUAGUAGAAGCAAGAGUCUAGAAAUAUUUGCUAUCCUCUUAAAGCUGCAACAUGCAACUUCACUUCUAGAUGUCACUCAAUUCUACACUGAAGCUUUAUUUGAUUCUUGCUGAGAUAUCACACAACUGCAUUCCCGAAAAAAGUAGCAGUUCAUUAUUCAGACUAAUUUGUCAUUUCAUUUAUGUAUGUAUCUGGUUGGUCCAGUCCUACCAGCAUUAUUUUCAAUUGAAACAGAAGCAAGGAGCAGCUGAUGUUUUUCAUGUAAUUGGAAGAAAUAAUUUCCUGUAAGGUACUCUAAAGUACCUGUAAAGCUCUGUUCAUCUCAUCUCAUUCUUGGUUUAAUUGGCGUGAUGGUUUUUACAGUUCUGGCACAGAAAGAUGACAUCGCCUUUGUUAAUCUGGCCAAUAAUAUAAUAGCUUGAUAUUAUUCCAACCUUGAAUGGAAUCGUUCAUGUGUACAACAAUAAACCUGAUAUGUCUGAGGUUUAAAGGUCAGGAACCACAUUUAACAUGUGGGUUUGUUCCUUUAGAAGGUAGCACAGCAGGAGACAGAUCGAUAAAUAGGAGGGCAAAGAUGCCACCUCAUGCAGAACAAAGUCUUGCAUAAAGUUUACUUAAGUGCUCAUAUGCCACUUACAUCCCACUGCCCGUAACACAGAUAGACAGUAAAGAAGGCAAACAGUUCUCUUGGAGACACAACUCAGUGUCAGAGACAAAUCUGUGUAGGAAUGCACAAUAUAGUUAAGAUGCCAGCCUGCAUGUCAUUUGAUGUUGCCCAUUAGAAAUGCCCUUGUUAUGAUUCUGACUGUUGUGUUGCUCUUAACGAGAAUGACUUUUCAGCCUGAAAUGUUGUAGCCCAGAAAAUGUGAAUCUUAAAUUGACCAUGAAAAUGUUAUAGAUUAUUUAGUGCCUGCAUGUUACUUAAAUCUGCUUUUUUUCUUUGCCACUGGAUCAGAUAACAGUAGCCAUUGGUCACCUUAAUAGAACUAAACUUUUUAACACAUUGAUUUUACUCUUGAACAAGAGCAUCAUAUCAGUUGCCUUUUUUUCAGAAAAUAAUAUUACUUCUGAAGUUCAACUCUCACUUUAUUAAGAUUUCAAAUUCACCACUUCUUAUUUGUGAUAGAUAAGUGGAAUAAUGUCAUAGUCAGCCAUGAGGCUUGUUGCUAGCCUUCUUUGGGACAGGCUCACUUAGAAUAAGCUUGUGCCACUUGUCUAGGUAAAGUUUCACGAGUGGUUUCUAUACUGGCUCUUUACUGCCCUCUGACACCAGAGAAAGAAAAACUCACAGGUAGGUGAGAACUAUGGCUGUUUAAGCUUUUCCCCUUCAAGCCACGAAGAGGCAACGGUGAGCCCAUUCCACACUUAAAAAAUAAUUUUAGAAGUAACUUAAAGUGGAGUUUUAUUUUUCACUUCAUCUCAAGAGAUGAGUGCAAAGAUUCAGUCUCAAAGUCUCCACUAUAUUUUAACUAGAGCAGCACAAAGCUGCUACCCUGAGCUUUUCUUUUGGAAAUUUCUAGGAACUUUUCCUGUGCUGUGGGUGAGACAGAUCCAGACUUAUCCAAGUGUGGUGAAGUUGCUUAACUUGAAGCACAGGUUCAUUAUGUAGGGCUGUCUUGAGACACAUUAGAUCUUACGUUGUAACAAAGAUGUAAUAGAUAAAUUCUUAAUUAAUUUAUCGACACAAAAUGUGUCAUUAUUUACCAUUUUUUAUUUUGUAAAUCUGUUCAUGCUGAUGUUCUGAUUCUGUAGAACCUUCAUCACUGUCUGGGAAUGUUCCAUGGAGCUUCUAGGCAAGUCUAAGGAAUGUGUAACAGUUUUUAAAGUGUUACCAUAACAAUUUCCCUGUUAUUAAUUUCCUGAGAUUCAAUACAGUAUAUAUGAAUAUAUUUACAUCCAUGAUGCAAAAUUGAUAUCCCAUAGAUGUAAUGUAAAUAUUUGUUAAACAUAGUAAACUGGGUCAGUUUUUCUUGUAUGGAGUUGUCCUUAGUCCUAAUGACAUGACUAUUUGCACUGGUGAUCUGAGAUAGAUGAUUAUUGAUGUAAUUAUUUUAGAUGACUCUAUCUGUUAUCUAUAAAACAUUGUGCAUGUAAUGUGAUAAAUAAAUGAAGUUUUAACUUUG